UAGGGUCGGGUAAAGAGUGGUGGGUACCCGGGUAGUAAAUUUGGACUCGUCCCAGCCCUAGUUAAAAUGCAUACCAAAAACACUUACUUGAUGCAAUUAACUCUCGUCCACACACUAUAACAUGAGGCCGAUUCUAAGGUGAAAGGUGAUUCGUAUGGCAAUGAAAAUCUUUAGUAAAUAAUAUAUCAAUAAAUCAACAGUUUGAAGAUAUUUUAGUUGAAAGGAUGAUAACCCCCAUUAAACACCCCCUACACCUCCCAGCCUUGUAUACAUACUGCAUGUAUAUGUACUUAAAGGGGCACUAGCUGCCGUGAGUCGAUUUGUUUCACUAAUGCAACUGAGCGUGACAAGAGACUGGGAUACCAUCUGUAAGGACAGCGUAAAUAACUUAAAGGCAAUAUCUAUUUGCUCAAUUUUUAUUUGUGCAGAGUUGUGUCCCUUUAGCGUCCUUGCAACUGAAGAAGGGCAUGGAGUCAUCCCACAGAUGGCAUCCUUACCUUGUCAGCUUGCUGAUGGGGUUAACAUCUUUGGUCAUGUGGACAAGGCAUCAGAAGUCCAGGACUCAGAUAUUUUAUGGCCGCUACACAACCUAUGAUCGUAACUUGUACAUCAACAGGAUUUAUUUGUUUAAUCAGCACAUAUUUUUCAACGGACGUCUGUAAUGUGGUACCAGAGUUGAUUGAGAUGGGCACCAGGGGGCGUGUGUUGGCAUUGUAUCGGCAGAUCUUGCGACUGUCUAGAUCGUGGGAGUCACAGUCAGGAGUGGCUGCAGAAACCCAAACAGAAAGAGACUACAUCAGGACUGAAGCGAGACAGCUCUUCAGGCAGAACAAGGCUGUGACUGACCAGAACGAAAUACAGGAGUUUGUGCGAGAAGCAGAGACGAGGAUAGAACUAGCUCUUCACUACAGACUUCCAUAUCCCCGUCCAGUGAACAUUCCCCAGCAGACUCUGCCGCCCCGCGGGGCAAGGAUGAGGGCACAGAAGCGCCAGAUAGAACAGUCCAAACCCAUCUACCUCAAGUCCUACAAGGACACCAAGGACUAGGUGUCUGGUGAUCUGUAACAGCAGCAGUGUUGAUUAGUAAAGAUAACCAGAUCUGUGUCUUGAAUUCCUCUACCUACAGUCAUGCCAUAUUGCCAUUGUUGGAUUCGUGUUACCCCAAACUGUCCUGUGGCGUUUUUGUGUUUUGAAAGGAAUGUAUGGCUAGCUUUGCCUCCGACAACUUGUAAAAUUUGCUGACUGAUGUAAAUUUGUAUAUCAAAUCCCACAAGAAUGUGUGAGUUAUGUAUGGUCUAGAUGGUGGCAAGUCAGAACAUUACCUUGUAUAUGCGAGCCAUGUUUGUGGUAGAUAGAGGACAGGACAAAUAUGUGUGUGUCCAAGUGUUAAGUGCCCAAGUGUUAACAGCAUCAAGGUCGAUACUGUUUUGAAGUGAAAUACCUUUACUAAAAUGCCAAUCUUGAACAGUGAAAUGACCUAACAAAGAUCUUUUUACUCAAAACUUCUUUUUAUAUGUAUAGGUAUGUGAUCCAAAACUUGUAAAACCUUCAAAUUUGGAACCUUAACCUAAGGCGUUUGGUUUUGAAUGAAUUUUACAGUUAUCAAAUCUAUUUUCGAAACAUCAAACUUAAAAACACAGGAUGUUUAUCUCCUUAAAAACUUAGUCUGAUAUUUGUAAUACCAGACAUGGGCAUGUGGUUAUGUUGGUCUUGUGAGCAGUGUUAGUUCAAGGGCCAUGGUUAGCCAGGGUUAGAAUAGGUCCCCAACAACCUAUGCUGGUCAUAAGAGGUCACUUAUUGGAUCAAGUGGUCGGACUUGGUGCCUUGGUUGAUUAAGUGUUAAGUGGUUGACGUAGUGGAUCAUGGCUGAUACUAACAAUCAUUGGUCCAGGUUCGAUAACAUGCAGGAUGCUGUUAUAUCGCUAAAUUAUUGCAGUAUUGAGUAGGGUGUUGAACAACAAACAAAGGGCACACUGUAACUAAAGACAGCCAUAGCACCAAGAGUGCUUCUGAUAUAAGAGGUACCUGUGAAGAUCCAGGUUGGAAUUGGUCUUCGCCAACCUAUGCUUUUCAUUAGAGACGACUGAUGGGAGGGAUCAGUUGGUCAGACCAACUGACUAGGUUGAUGCAUGAUAUCGUAUCCCAAUUGAGUAUUCAAUGCUCAAGAUAUCAAUCACUGGAUUCUAUGGUCCAGACUUUAUUAUUUACAGACUGCGGUCAUAUAGCUGGAAUAUUGCUGAGAGCAGGGUUAAACAACACACAAACAAACAUGAUAUGAGAUGUAGGUCAAGUGGUAUUUGGUGCAAUGGCAGGCACUCCCUGGCCUAUCCAAGAGAGCAACUGUAGCUUCAGUAGGAGGCACAACACCCGCAGUGUCUUCCUCCUCUGGUUCCAAGUUUGAUAUGCGAACAUGUUUGCAUGAUUUAACUCUCAAGUCGUUUUGUAUGUGUGAAAUAAACAGAAUAAUAAACCA